CAUUUCCUGGUACUUCCCAAUGCUUUUGUAGUACAGACAACGAAAAAAACCAUCUUCUUCUGUCUGUCCAUAUAAUCCAUGUACGUAUCAUGCAAGAACCUCACAUUCUUUCAAUGAAACUCUCGCGCUUUCUCUUCGUCCUCCUUCUCUCCCUCUCUCUUUUCCUCUCUGCCACCUCCCAUGGCGGCAGUGAUGAUGAUGACAAGGGUGCAGGUGAAAGCAAUGAGCCUCCUCAUAGCCUACGUUCCAAAUCCUUGGUCUCGGUCAAGAUAUGGUGCUUGAUUCUCGUGUUUGUAUGGACCUUCAUCGGUGGGGUGUCACCAUAUUUCCUGAAAUGGAACCAGGGUUUUCUGGUAUUGGGAACUCAGUUUGCUGGUGGGGUUUUCCUGGGGACUGCCAUGAUGCAUUUCUUGAGCGAUGCCAAUGAAACCUUUGAGCGUUUGACGAGUAAAGAAUACCCUUUUGCGUUUAUGUUGGCCUGUGCUGGAUAUUUGUUGACCAUGGUGGCUGAUUGUGUGGUUUCUUAUGUGUACGGGAAGGACAAGAGUUCAUCUAAUCAUGGUGAUUUGGAACUUCAAGGGCCCGAGCAGACCAAUAGUAAUCCUCAUGGUCAUGGCAAUCCGCCGGUGAGCUAUGGUGGCAAUGGCACUGAUACCACCAGCGCGCGGUCCUUAUCACUCACAACUGUGAGUUCCUUUGGAGACAGUGUUUUGUUGAUCGUUGCCUUGUGCUGCCAUUCAGUCUUUGAGGGCGUCGCUAUCGGAGUUGCAAAGACAGAAGCCGCUGCCUGGAAAGCAUUGUGGACGAUCUCCUUGCACAAGAUAUUUGCAGCAAUUGCAAUGGGAAUAGCACUGCUCCGGAUGAUCCCUGAUUAUCCCCUGUUGUCUUGUGUAGCCUACGCUUUUGCAUUCGCCAUUUCGAGUCCUAUCUGGGUGGCCAUCGGGAUCCUAAUCGAUGCCACGAUUGAGGGUGUCGUGGCUGAUUGGAUCUUCGCCAUAUUGAUGGGUUUAGCAUGUGGAGUGUUCAUCAACGUAUCAAUAAACCAUCUGCUAUCAAAAGGUUACACUCCCCAGAAGACAAUUUCAGUUGACACACCCCAUCACAAGGUUUUGGCUGUCUUGUUAGGUGUUGGAGUGAUUGCUGUUGCGAUGAUCUGGGACACUUGAUAGCUAUUGUAACUUGGGUACCGUCUGAGUUUUGGUUUGCUAAAGUUUAAAGGGAUUAGGUUUUCUCUAGUAUCUGUCAUAGUUGCUUGAUCACAUGCUUCAUUCUAUUGGUCCAUAGAACUAUAAUUCUUCUCCAUGGAAAAAGAAAAAUCUAUAAGUUGUCUUUAUCAUAUAUUUAUACCUUUGAUGGACAUAUUUUCGGAAUCUAA